ACACUAUUCCCGUAACUGCUGACAAGCGGCCGACAAACAACGGACGGAAGAAGAUCCUGAUAUGAAGGAACUCCUUCGUAAGAUCGCAAAACGAGAGAAGGACGAGGAGGAGCGGAAGUUGCGAGAAGCGGAGGAGGAGAAGAAGAAACAGGAGCAGGAGAGACGGGAAGGCGAUAAGCUACGGGAGGCGGAGGCCAAGGAAGCCCAGAUUGAAGCUAUGAUCGUGCGUAUACUGUCACAACGAAAGGAACCACUGAUGAUAACUUCGCCACAACAACCAGCACCCGAGAGUAGGAAGCGAUCACCGCGAACUAAGGCUCGGAUGUUGCGCGAGAUACGAAGUUACAUCGCGGAGUCCGAUGAUGACAGUGAGGAGGUGAAGGAGGAGGCUGAUAAGUUGAUAGAGGCGCUCGAAGGUAGGAAGAAAGGCAGGAAGAGUGCAGUCGUUCUGCGCGCAGCUACUAGCCGGAUCACACGCACUCCAAGGAAAGUUUGCUCUGCUUCGGGCUCGUACAAGGGAUUGGUGGACUACGCUCUUACACAGGCAAGGACCCUCAGUGAUUUGAAGGCUCCGGAUCUGAAGAAGAUCUGCAAUAGAGAAGGUGCGAACAUGUUCGAGACACCUACGAAAGUUUGCUCUGCUUCGGGCUCGUACAAGGGAUUGGUGGACUACGCUCUUACACAGGCAAGGACCCUCAGUGAUUUGAAGGCUCCGGAUCUGAAGAAGAUCUGCGAUAGAGAAGAUAAGGUAAAACUCGAAGAUGCGCGUGGCGCUUUAGAGUUGGGUUGUUCCUUCCGAAUCAUGAGGAUAGUUGUAACUGCAACUAGAGUGCAGCAAAACAAGCGUUACUUACGUAACUUGUUGGCGGAACCCUGGCGAAUGCGGCAACUGUAUAGGCUGUCGAGUGCGAGAAUGGUAGCACUCUAUCGGACAACCGCUCUCUUCUCACGUAGCUCGACCCAUAGUUCGAUCCGAACGAAAGUAUCACGUGUCAUACGUAUGGUUUAUGGCACGGAUGUGAGGAGGCGAGUGAUUUUGAAGGUUCCGUACUCAUCUGAGAUCGUUAUGAGUUCUGUCCGUACCGUUAUGGCGAAGGUGAUUUCUUUAUCAGUGAAGGACCACGCUAUCCGAUCGCUUGUUGUUGAAAGGAUGAGGGUAGUGAAGCUGAAAUCCAGGACGGUUCAGAUGGAGGUUAGUUACUUGCGCUCGUUGAUUCUUGUCCCGAUGGACAGGAAUCCCGGUGCGACACUGGCAAUCUGUCCGCUACUUUAUUUUCACGCUUUUCGCAUGACGUUUUGCUGGAAUGCUGGCUUUUUCAGGAUGACUGAGACCGAGGCACAGGUUCUCUCUGUUGCCAAGAAGAACUAUGCGAACGCAAGCCUUCACAUUGUGGCCACGUGGCGUACUUGUGGUGGGAUAGGCAAGGCCUAUGUCAUCCCGAAGGAUAACGAUCUGAACAUGUGGCGACCGAUAUCACCAUCAUGGUCUGAGCCGUCGCGAACGGCGAGCAUGAGGUUGGGGCGAGCUCUGCGAUACAUGCUCAGAUGCCUGCCGGAAAGCUGUCACUUUAGUCUGCGAUCCACGGACGACUUGAAGCAUAAUAUGGAAAGUUCCGUCCGGAAGCUAGGAAGGAUCAAUGAUACGGUAAUUGGAAUGAGCUUUGAUAUCAAGGAUAUGUUUGCCAAGUUGCCCCACUAUGACAUUGUGUCUUCUGUCGCCUGGUUGGUAGACUAUCAUCAGAGGCGUGGGCUCAUUGCAGUUAAGCUGAGAGUGAGAGGUAAAGUGUGUCGGAUGGCGAGGAGCCUCCGUAAGGAGGAUGGCUAUGUCUGUAUCCGGUUUGAGCAGCUGAGUAUGAUACUGCAACAUGAAUUGGGGCACACUUACACAGUCUGUGACGGGGGGGAAUUAUAUCGACAGACCUUCGGCAUCCCUAUGGAGAAGCAUUCAUCACCGACAUUGGCAGAUGUGCUGUGUGCGAAAGCCGAGUUCGACUUUCUCGCAGCACUUUGUACUGACCAACGCCUUGUUUCGGGUGUGAGAAUGGUGGAUGAUGUGUCACUAUUGGUCUGCUUCACGGCUGACGUACCAGGAAGUUACUUGAAGACUCUGAACAUUGUUGACUCCUUCAAGAGCUGCUAUCCGCCGUCCCUUAAGUUGGGAGAUUUCGUUCACCCUCGAGUGGUUGAGGAAGCUCGCCUAGCUACCUCUGGGUCUCGCUCUCCUAUCUCCGUUACCCUCGGAGAUAACAAGACGCAACGCUUCUUCGAUCAGACGGUCCCCAACCUCCACUUCUCCCUCACCCUCCAGCCAUCGGAUAGUACCCAGACGCCUAGGCGCUACCAUUCCUCCGCAUACUUCGACGUGGUGGAGACCGGGUACGACUUUAUCCUUGGCACUCCCUGGUUUUGCCGGUUCCGCAGCACAGAGGCCGAAUGGGCGACCGAGACACUCGUUCUCAAAACGAAGUGCGGCCAGAUCCUUCGAGUCCCCUUCAUUGGAACCACGGGUGACACCCCCCCAGACCUACCUCCCCAGGACCCUCGUCCCUCUGGGUCCCACCCAGACAUCGCCUUCACUUCCCCUCGUCAGUUUGCUCACUUCAUCCGACAGGAGGACGUCACAUUCUACUCAGUGAACGUCAUGGAUCUUCUUCGCUAUGAUCCACUCUGUCCCAAGGUUGAGCUCAUCUCACUGGAGCCCGAUCCCCCUGACCCUUCCUCCAUCUUCGCGGCUCCCAUCUUCACAUCCACCCGUCAGCCUGCGGAUACCCCCUCCACGUCCCAGGCCCCUGCGCCGCCGACCGUCGAGUCCACAUAUAUGUCUCGUGCCAACGCAGACGCUGAGGAACUCACACGGUUCACGGCAGACUUAGAGCCCGCCGUUCGCGACCUGAUUCGAGAGUACCGCGGCGUCUUUCCCCCGUACUUCUCAUACAGCGGGAUUCCCCCGAUGCGCGGUGUUGAGCAUUCUAUACAGCUCGUGCCUGACUAUCGUGUUCACCAUCAGGCACCGUACCGACUCUCGAUUCCAGAGGCGACGGAACUCAAGCGUCAGCUUGAGGAGCUCCUUCGACUGGGUUUCAUUAAACCCAGUAACUCCCCUUGGGGUGCACCUGUCCUCUUUGCUCGCAAAGCGGACGGAACUCUUCGCCUCUGCAUCGACUACCGCGGCCUUAACCAUUACACGGUUAAGAACAGCUAUCCCAUGCCCCUCGCGGAUGAGCUGUUUGAUCGUCUGGCAGGCAACCGCUUCUUCACGAAGAUCGAUCUUCGUAGCGGUUACCACCAGAUCCGCAUUGCCACAGAGGAUCAACCGAAGACCGCCUUUCGGUCGCGCUUCGGCCACUACGAGUUCACGGUGAUGCCAUUCGGCCUCACCAAUGCCCCCGCCACCUUCCAGACGGCGAUGAACAACAUCUUCAGGGACAUCCUUGAAGAAUACGUUCUCGUAUACCUGGAUGACAUCUUGGUCUACAGUCGUACCUUAGAAGACCAUCUCAGACACCUCCGCGAUGAAGGCGAGGACCUUGCUAGAGACUUCACGACUCUUGUGGAUGACUCCUUGUUCAAGUUCGACACGAACUUGAUUCCUGAAGCUAUUGCACUCUAUGAGAAGCUAGGAGUGAAGCAUGCCCCAUUGACACUGAUUGCUCCUCAGUUGAAGAUUAAUGUGGAGGGAGCGAAAGAGGGAGAGAUGCGGACUAACCCAAAGCUGCAGGACGCAGUCACAGAGCUGAGAGAUCGUUCGGAGAGGUGCUGCAGCAGGGACGGUGUGACGACGAGGCUACGGAUAACGGUGGCUUAUCAUGAGACUGAGACUUCCACUGACAUGGCGGACAGAGAGCAGGCCCACCUGGACAAGGACUUAGGUGGGGAGAGCGAAAUGAGCGAAGCGGGAGAUCGGGAGACGGACCUCAGGUUCUGGAAUGAACCAGGCGAGGUCCAGAGGUAUCAUCGCGACGCAAAGCCGGUGGAAGAGGGAUCUGAGGCCAGCUCUCGACAAUUGACGCCAAGAGGCCGCGAGAAGAGUGAGAAGCAGAACAGGGGGAAAAAACAUUUGAAGAUUAAUGUGGAGGGAGCGAAAGAGGGAGAGAUGCAGACUAACCCGAAGCUGGAGGACACAGUCACAGAGGCGAGAGAUCGUUCGGAGAGGCGCUGCAGCAGGGACGGUGUGACGGCGAGGCUACGGAUAACGGUGGCUUAUCAUGAGACUAAGACUUCCACUGACACGGUGGACAGAGAGCAGGCCCACCUGGACAGGGACUCAGGUGGGGAGAGCGAAAUGAGCGAAGCGGGAGAUCGGGAGACGGACAUCAGAGCUGAUCGUGACGAAGGUCGUGAAGUUGUCGAUGACGUCCAUGAUGAGAAGUCCGGAAUGCCGUCGAAGAAGAGCCGCAACGUCGACGAGCUGAAGUGGCAAAACUGGAGUGGAUGGAGUACUGAGAAGUCAAAGACGUGGGAAGAUAAGUCAGAGUCAGUUGUCAUAUUGAGCAGGACGACGAUGCGUGCGCUGUGGACGCUCAGAAGCAUUCGGGUGCUGCUGAAGGAAGUCCGUGGGAACACGAGGGUGAUAGCCGAGGUCGCAAUAGUAAGGCGACAUUCUCGUGGUGGGCGAGACGGCGUGGUUGUAGGCUAUCUCCGCGUGGGCAAGAUGGAGAGACCACUGCUGGCCGUCACGAAUAAUCUUUCGAAGAAUAUCUUCGAGAGUCCUAUUCGCGACCUCGAUCUGACCAUCAGUCUGGGGAUGGUAAGACGAGGAGAAGCGGAGUUGGGUGCUGUACACCUCGUGGAACCAUCGCCAGAAUCGGCUGGUAAAGCGCGGGUCACGGUCAGAUAUGAUGCUCAGAGGAUAGUUAGGCACAACUGGAUGGAAUGCUCGACGUCGCGCAUCGGUGGGAUGCCGACGCACGAGAACGACGAUGGGAAAACGUCGUGGUACCCUCGAAUGAGGUCACGAACUGCGGGCUUCAGUUCACCGAGCGGUACUUCAACAACAGCAUUACAGACUGCUGCUUCUUCAUCCUCAGGUCCAGCGGCCGGCGCUACACAGUUGCCGGUCCCACCAGGGAGACAACAACAGCCUUGGAACCCCAAGACUACACUGAAACCAUCCUCAACCUUCUCGGGUGAUAAGAAGGAUGAGGCUCUCGAAGCUUGGUUGAGGACGAUGCCAGUGCAGGUGAGGGCAAAGAGGAAACUGUUUGAGGAAGAGGUGAUCAUUGUUGCCUUGUAUCUCGAGGGAUCGACGACCCGAUUGCGAGAUGGAUUGGGAGCCUCGAAAGGGUUUGGCAGGCGAAUGAACGAUUGGGCUAAGACCCAUACUUUAGAGAACUUCAUGGAGCUCAUAGAAACGCGAUGGCACAACCCUCACCAGGCACAGCAGGCCAUUGAUGCGUUGACCUGGUUUGAUACUAAAAGUACAAGUCCGCGCGUGAACUUACCUCUGCCAUGGAGCGUCUCAUUGUCGUCCCCGACAUACUUCAGUAAGAUUGAUCCAAAGUCAGGGUACCACCAGAUCGAGGUGGCUAUUGAAGAUCAACAUAAAACGACGUUCCGAACCAGCGAGGAGGAAGAGGUGAAUGAGGAGGAGGGUGAGGGCGAGGAGGAGGAGGAGGAGGAGGAGGAGGAGGAGAUGCCGACGACGACGACGUCAAAGACGAACAAGAAGAAGAAGAAGAAGAAGAAGAAGAAGAGGAAGAAGAGGAGGAGGAAGAAGAAGAAGAAGAGGAGGAGGAGGAGGAGGAGGAGGAGGAGGAAAGAAGGGCGACGACGGGGGAAGUCGGGAUCUGAAUAUGGAGGAGGAGGAGGAGGAGGAGAAGGGUUGAGCAAAAACGACGACGACGACGUCAAAGAAGAAGAAGAAAAAAAAGAAGAAAAAGAAGAAGAAGAAGAAAAAGAUGAGGAGGACGACGAAGGCGGCGAGGCCGAGGGUAGCAGAGGAGGAGGAGGGGAGGGCGAUAAUGGGGGAAGUCGGGAUCCGGAUAGGGAUGAUGAUGAUCAUGAUGAUGAUGAUGAGGAGGAGGAGGAGGAGAAGGAGGAGAAGGAGAAGGAGGAGGGUCGAGCAGAUGAUAGCCCGAUCUCCAUGACACCAUUGGCAGAGACGUCACAAUUCUCAACAGCCCCCACCUUCGUAGAUGGCAAGCGGGCGACUCAGGGCCAUGCUGACCCGCGCGACCGAUUUCGGUUGCGCGAUCUAGUAGAUCAUGCGGUCGAAAUCGACCGCGUCACAUCAAAGGGAGGGGGACCGGGCAACUCUCAGCAAAAGGAGCUAGCCCAGUUGCCUGCUGUCGAGUUCGAUCCCUGUGUCUGCGGGCGGCUCUUUGAUAAGCUCAACUUCAUCUGAUAAAGCCAAGCUCAUCAUUUGCUCUGAUGUCCUUUCACCCUAUGGGUCCUCCUCAAUGAAUGGCUCCCCCAUCA